GCUGGCGUUAGUGUAAAUUUAUCAUUGCCGGAGAAACUUGUGAAUUUUUAUUGCGUUUGACGUUUGAAUUGUUUUCACAGAAUCCGUGAAGAUUAAUAAAUCUUGUAUUAUUAUCGAAAAGUUAACAUGGUAUGGGGAUUUGUGACUUGUGGCCCCAACGAGGCACUUGUGGUUUCAGGUAAGCUUUUUUCCCCCGAAGAAACUCAAAUUCUAAUUGGAUUUCUAAUGGGUGUAAAGAAAGUGAAUUUAUAAGUGACGUCAUUUCGUGUUAUUGAUUUUUUGUGUGUUCGAAGCUUUGCUGUCCAAAAAGUGCCAAUUAAUUUUUUUUUAUAUAUUAUAUUUAUAUGUGCGUACAAAUAUUUAUGGUUAUUAAACUUUAUAAUUAAGAAGCUUUUAGCAUAUGUGUUCGUGAAUUGUCUUCUAAGUUAAGUGAAAAUGACCUUCAGCAAUUGGACGUUUUUCCAGACACGCAAGAACUCGGAUGCCUUAAAUGGACAGCGGUUGUAGAAACCGUUUUUAGUAUCUAUAUGUAAUAAAUAUGUGUACACACACAAGUUCAUUGCAACAAGCGGUGCCUAACAAGUGGUUCCUAAGUCACGGGUACUCCCUACUUUGGCAAGAUAAGCCAUAAAAACGUUUCACAAUAAAAUACAUACAUAUAUGAGUUUGUGUGUCUAGUUUUGUUAUUAUAAAUAUAUCGAGCCCUUGGCGCAACGAUAAAACAGGCCCCCAAGGAGAUGCUGUUACAUGAAACCGCUAUUGGUGCCCGGUGGCCGUGCCUUUGUUUGGCCCACUAUACAACAAGUGCAAAGAAUUUCACUCAACACUAUGACGCUGCAAGUGGAGAGUCCAUGUGUCUACACCAGUCAGGGUGUACCCAUUUCGGUAACCGGUAUUGCACAAGUUAAAAUUCAGGGUCAAAAUGAGGAUAUGUUGCUGACGGCAUGCGAACAAUUCCUCGGUAAGGGUGAAUCUGAAAUUCAGCAUAUAGCUUUGGUAACGCUGGAAGGACAUCAGCGCGCUAUUAUGGGCUCCAUGACGGUUGAGGAAAUCUAUAAAGAUCGCAAAAAAUUUAGCAAACAAGUAUUUGAGGUGGCUUCAUCGGAUUUAGCUAAUAUGGGCAUAACUGUAGUCUCCUACACCAUAAAAGAUAUUCGCGACGAAGAGGGUGACUCAAAGGGUUAUCUAAAAUCUUUGGGUAUGGCACGCACUGCCGAGGUCAAACGCGAUGCACGCAUUGGUGAAGCUGAGGCGCGUUGUGAUGCGCAUAUCAAAGAAGCCAUUGCCGAGGAGCAACGUAUGGCAUCACGUUUUCUCAAUGACAUCGAAAUUGCCAAAGCGCAACGUGACUUCGAAUUGAAAAAAGCCGCCUACGAUGUGGAGGUACAAACGAAGAAAGCCGAAGCUGAAAUGGCUUACGAAUUGCAAGCAGCCAAAACAAAACAACGCAUCAAGGAGGAACAAAUGCAAGUCAAAGUGAUUGAACGCACACAGGAGAUUGCCGUGCAGGAGCAGGAGAUACAACGUCGCGAACGAGAACUGGAGGCCACUGUGCGCCGACCAGCCGAAGCAGAGAAAUUCAGAUUGGAGAAAUUGGCUGAGGCCAACAAAUUGCGCGUGGUCAUGGAGGCUGAAGCCGAAGCCGAAUCGAUCAAAAUUCGUGGUGAAGCCGAAGCAUUCGCCAUUGAAGCCAAAGCCAAAGCCGAGGCCGAACAAAUGGCACAAAAAGCCGAAGCUUGGCGCGAAUAUCGCGAAGCAGCAAUGGUGGAGAUGUUGCUGGACACAUUACCAAAGGUGGCCGCUGAAGUUGCCGCACCAUUGUCGCAGGCUAAGAAGAUCACCAUGGUAUCGAGCGGACAGGGUGAAAUUGGUGCCGCCAAAUUGACCGGUGAAAUAUUGCAGAUAGUUAACAAAGUGCCGGAAUUGGUGAAAAAUAUAACUGGGGUCGACAUUGCCCGGUCCAUGCAUGCUGGCUAAAUUAUCAACACUAAGCUUCUACAACAAAAGAAAACAGCAACACAAGCAAACACGUGUACGAACAAAUAGACGACAAAGAUGAAGAAUUAUGAAAGAACUGUGUCAAAUCCUUAAACCAAAGAUUUUCAAAAAUUAACAAAUAAUUUUAAUUAAAUUAAAGUUGCCAUAAUAAAUUAUUUAAAUUAACAUAAAUGUAUAUUUGGCGUAUAACAACGAUACAUUAGAGAAAAAUUAAUACAAUUUCGAACAAAACAACCAUAAAAACAUUACAAACAGCGUAAGGUAUAUAAAUACCAAAAUUUUCUAAAUUGAAAUUUAUAAAAAUUAUGUGGAGUUAAGGAAUUUGGCAUUGCGUAACAGUAAAUUUAAGCACAAAUUCUUGAAAUAUACAUUAAAAAAAAUCUAAAUAAAAUACAAAAAAAGUAAUAAAUAAAAAUGAAAUGUAAAUGCAAAGCAAAAAAGAAUAUGCUGCCGAACACAAUUUGCAACCACUGUAUUGCGGGAAUCACAUACAUUUAUUGUGAAAAUUUAUAAUAUUUACAAUUUUCAAUAUAUGCUUGCAUAAAUAUACUCGAAUGUACACUUGUAAUGUGCUUUUUCUAUAUUUGCAACAACAUUAACAACACACACACACAUCCAUAUAUUUGGCUUUAUAAACAAAGAGAAUUGGCGACAAAUUGUUUGCUGGGUAUUGAAACUGCUGAUUAAAAUUAUUACCCGGGAAAGUCAGCGUCAAUCUUUAUAAUUUCCGAGUUAAGCUGCCCAGUGUAUGCGAGUUUUUGUAUACAUAUGUAUGCAUAUGUGCCAUACUCGUAUGAUGCGGAAAAAGCAUUGGCUGUAAGCUUAGAGAUAAUCGCAAAAAAUUGUAUGCGCAAGUGUGAGCGCGUCAAAGCAAAGUAGAAACUUUUUUAUUGUGAAGUCGGGCGAGUUUAGUGCAUUAUUUUUCAAAUUAUUCAAAUUUUCAAAAAAGUAGAAAAAAUAUUUAAAAAAAAUUAAAUGCUUGUAAUAUUUUUUUCACAAAAUUUUAUAAAUUUUCAAGUAAAAAAAAAUUUUUUUUAAAUUAAAUAUAUUUGUAAAAUUAAAUAUAUGAUUGUUUUUAGUUGAAAUUUUAUACAAUUUUUUCGCCACAAGAAUUUUGUAUAAUUUAAUAACGAAAAUUUUUACAUUUUUGAAAAAAUAAUAUAAAAAAUGUAUGAAAAUUUAAACUGCACAAUCGCAGAGUAAGAACGCUUUUUAGCACAAAUUUCUGUUUUAAGUAAAACACAACAAUAUUGCAAGUAAAAAUAACAAUUACAAAAAAAAUAUAGGUAUAAUUUAAAUUAUAUCAUUUUAUGCAAACAAGUUCAAUUAUUGUUUAUUUUCGCAAACAAAUAUAAUGAAAAACUUACUUUGUACUUUUCGCGCCACUCUACGCCGUUGGAGUUGUGAACGACGAAAAUUUUACGAAAAAUAAUUGUUUAUAAAACUAGCCAUUCUUGCAUUUAGAAUUGUAUGUACGUAUGUGUAACAGAAUGCCGUAACACUUUUUUAAAUUAAACGAAUUUAUACUCACAACUUUCUGAUUUAAAUGAUUCUAUCUAUGUAUUCAAUAAAAAAAAAUUGCUAUAUUUUAAUAAAGAUUUUUUCCGAAA